AAGUGCAUUAAUGAUGCUCGCGAGCCCAAUCCUCCAAGAAAGACUUGUUUUAACUGGAAUAAACGGCGAAAUUAUGAGCGUCUCUUGAGUCACGUCGGAAGAUAUUGCAUUAUUCGGCAUUUGUGUGUGCGCCGACUUGACUAGCAACGGGUUUUGGCCGUUCGAGAAAGUGAAAUGAGAAACCGCAGAGCUUGCGUAAUUUAGAAGUUUAUCAGUGAGCCCCGUAAGCUAGCUCCAGUUGCUAGCCGAGUGUCUCUAAGAAAGUCAGCCAGCCAUUUGUCUCAAUGUGUUGCGGGGUAACUAGUUAGCAGAGGAGGCGCACUUGUCGGGCUGUUUUUGUGCCCGACAUGUUUUUGCGAGAGGAGUACGAGGCAGCAAGCCACUGGGAGUCAGACAAACCUCUUCGCGAUGGAUAAAUAGCAAACCAGCUGCUCUGUUGGUGAGAGAAAAAAAGGUCAGGAGGACAACAUCAGCGACCAUGAGCAGGGCAAAACAAACGGACAGGGUCUUAUCUACAAGUGAAGACCCUCUCCCGUGCCUCCACAACUCAAAAGCUGACCCAGUUCUCCGCAGCAGACCCCUCAGUGAUAUAUAUCCAAGCCAGACCCUCGCUGACAGAAAUUCAGUCCCUUAUCUGCUGUCUGGAUGUGGUUCCCAGGUUCAGCCGAUGAGUACUGGGCCUCACUCCGAAGAGAGCAGAUUGAACGGCAUUAACUCCUCCGCCUGGUCCAACCCUGUUAUUGGUCCUCCUGAAGGAAAACCCUACUCCUCAAGAAUUAUGAGGCUUUUUUCUAACUCAAAGAAGGGCCCCAUCCCUGCUCACAGCCCAACCACUGACAGUCCAGCCUUGGCCCACAGCAACGACGGCAACGGUGGCCCCCAGUCAUGGGCAGGACUUCCAGGGUUGGGAGUUGUGGACUCCUUCAAAAAGCUACGGUCAUCUGUGCUUCAGGGCAUUCAGAGUAGAGGGGCAGCAAGUCACGAUGGAGAACAUGAACCUUUAUCUUAUCAGGAAAUGGCUAAUGGCACAGUUGUGAACAAUGCUGAACCACAUCUAGCUGAUACAGCAAAUCAUUUAAAUAUUGCAGAGGGAUAUAGUGUGUCUAAUGGAAAUUUUACAGAGCAAAAGUUAGCUGCGAUGAGCCAAUAUGGUUCAGAUACUGAGGACUAUGAUGAUGACGAAAAUGAAGGAGAUGGUCUCACUCGCAGCUCACGAUUCUCCAGGAGUAUCAGGAGAGCGUAUGGAGCAGGACGCAUCUCUUUACUUGACAUUGGGAACGGGAGGCAAGUAGGAAGAAACUCAAAUGAAACUGCAGGUACCACACAGAAACCAGAUCGGACAUCUGACGUAAAUGUCCAAACGGAGAAUGUGAAUGGAAACACAAAUGUGAAAGUGCUGAGCAGACUGAGCAAAAGUGCAGACAACCUUCAUAUAUUUAAGGCACCUUUUAGACGCAAAGCCCCGUCUCCAGGCCCUCCUUCAACACAGGAAGACCCCCAGAGGACUAGCACAUCAAAUGGGGAAUCAAACAUCCAAAGGGCUGCCAGUGCCUCCUCAGUGGACCUCCGAGGACAUGCUAUUAGCCGUGGGAAGAGCCCCGUGAAGACCAAAGGACCGAUGCUGAAGCUAGUUGGCAGUAUGACUGACCUAAGUGUCCGACGCAGGCGAAGUCCCUCCCCCAGCCCUACCUCUCCAUCUCCUAUGUCACCCUUGAGCCGUCUCCAUGACGACUACUCCCGCCGUGUGCCUUGCCUACAAACCAAUGAGCGGCAGCGCCGUCCAAUGCCUGUCAUAGCACAGGUCAUGUCUGUCGAACACACUCUUCUGAUUCAUCACCAGCCUGAACACGAUGUCAUCCCACAGCCGAGUCAGGUUAUUACCAGCCCUCCUACCUCAGAGCCCCCAGAGACAACAGAGCAGAUUUCACCUGGUGUCUCUGCUCAUUAUGAGUCGCACGCUGGAGCCACGACAAGUGGUUUUAAACAGAUGGUUGAAUGGGAAUCAUCCACACUCAGCCAAACAGAACCUUCACAACAGCAAGAACAGACUGAAGGAAACUCAUUACCAAACGAGUGUAUAUGCCGGGGACCGGACCCAGAUCGAGAAAAGCAAGAGGUGACAUCAGACCAGCAAGUACGAGAAGCACUUCUCCAAGCAGAGGAAGACUCUCCGACAACCAGCAGCACACCUCCCACCUCCCCAGCAUCCCACCCAGAGUCCCCUAUAUCACCCACAGAUGCGGCUUCCACAGAAACAUCCUCCGUCAAGCCGAGACGAAGAAGUGGGCGUCCAAGACCCCGUCCCAUUUCUGACUACGGGCAGCUGCUUUCCAGGAAGCAUUCAAUCCCAGAGGAAGUUGCAGAGCUGCAUUCUGAGGACAGGACAGCAAAUUCACUGCUGCUUAAAGGCUGCAGUGGUAACGAUGGGAAUGAGGAAAGCCCUGAAAACUGCAGCAUGAAUGGUGACGUUCAGAGCAGGAGGCAGCGGCCCAUGUCAGUGGCAGGAGCUGUGGAUCUGUUCCCUCCCAAUGCUGAGCUGAAGGAAGACCGCCUUCCUUCUCCUUUGUCGCGACCACCAAUUCCCUCCCACCAAGUUCCCCCCUACAGAGGAGUGUCUGCCAGGUUUCGUCCCUCCACCCUCUCCCAGAGCACCCCCAUCGGACUAGACCGUGUGGGGCGGCGCAAACUCCACAGAGUGCUCAGCGAUGGUGUGUCUGAGUGUUCGGCCAUACUUGAUGACAGCGUGAGUGAGGAGGAGGAGGGCAGCUUUGAUGAACUCACAGAUGUCACGCCCUACCUCCAGCCAGGGGUGGAGCUCUCAGUUCUCAAUGAGUGGAUCAGCUCAGGCCACACGGUGUAUGCUGAGGCUCUGUGGGACCAUGUGACCAUGGAGGAGCAAGAGCUGGCCUUCAAGGCUGGAGAUGUUAUCCGUGUUCUGGACGCCUCAAAUAAGGACUGGUGGUGGGGCAUUGUAGCUGACAGGGAGGCCUGGUUUCCCUCCAGCUUUGUGAGGGUGCGUGUGAACCAGGAGGACUCGAGCGCUGAAAGUGUGGAGAGUGUAGCAGAUCAAGGAGAUCCAGAUCCCAGGGAGACACACAGCACUCAGCACAAGGAGCAGAUGAGAACCAAUGUGGUUCAGGAAAUCAUGAAUACUGAACGUAUUUACAUCAAACACCUAAAAGACAUCUGUGAGGGUUACAUCCGUCAGUGCCGCAAACACCCCGACAUGUUCACCGAGCUGCAGCUGAAAACUAUCUUCAGCAACAUAGAAGAAAUCUACAGGUUUCAGAGGCAGUUCCUGCGAGAUCUGGAGAAGAAGUACAACAAAGAUCAACCACAUCUCAGUGAAAUAGGCUCCUGCUUUCUCUUGCAGGGGGAGGGCUUCUCUAUCUACUCAGAGUACUGUAACACUCAUCCAGCAGCCUGUGCUGAGCUGCACCGCCUAAUGAAGUUGGGGAAAUACAAGCAUUUCUUUGAGGCCUGCCGCCUCCUCCAGCAGAUGAUUGACAUUUCCAUAGCUGGUUUCUUACUCACACCUGUCCAGAAGAUCUGUAAAUACCCCCUGCAGCUGGGGGAACUUCUCAAGUACACACCCAAAGACCACAGUGACCACAGUGGAGUGAGCAAAGCAUACGAGGCUAUGAAGAAUGUGGCCAGUCUGAUAAAUGAGAGGAAGAGACGGCUAGAGAGUAUCGACACCAUUGCUCAUUGGCAGGUCGCCAUUUUGCACUGGGAGGGACCUGAUGUGUUGGAGCGCAGCUCAGAGCUGAUCCACUCUGGUGAGAUGACUCGAACUGUUCGACAAGGCAAAAUGCAGCAGCGCAGGUUCUUCCUGUUUGACCACCAGCUGGUCUACUGUAAAAAAGACGUCCUGCGGAGAGACUUGCUCCACUACCGUGGACGACUGGAUAUGGACCAGACCGAGGUGCUGGACGUGCUUGACGGGCGGGACCCAGACCUGGGCCUGACCCUGAAGAACGCUCUGCGUCUGCGCAACGCCUCCACUCUGGAAUUUGUGUGCAUGCUGUGCUGCAGGAAGGCCGAGGACAAGCAGAGGUGGUUACAAGCCUUUGCCAAGGAGAGGCACAGAGUGAAGGAGGACCAAGAGAUGGGAAUGGAUAUCAGUGAAGAGCAAAGAAAACAGGCCAUCAUUAACGCCAGAAGAGCUAAACAGGGGAAAAUCAAAAAACUUGGUUACUCUGGUUCUGUCCCACCACACCACCAAAACCUGCACCAAAACCUUCACCCACUUCACCAGCGCCACAUCACCAUUCCCACCAGCGUGCCUCAGCAGCAGGUCUUUACACUGGCCGAACCCCCAAAACGAAAGCCUUAUCAUUUGUUGUACAGCAUCACCCGCAACGCCUUUUUCAGGAAAUGAGGCUUUGCUUCCUCAUCCUUUUUUCUCUCUCUGCAUGUUCAGAGCAUACCCAAACCGUCCUGAAAUCUCAAAGAACACUUUAUUUUUUCUUGUGUUGUCCUGCCUGUGAAUGUACUGUCAAGUUUUAUGUUUUUGUGCCU